AUGGACCUGGCCAUGCAAGGUCACAAUGUGUUCAUCACUGGAUCAGGCGGAUGCAGCAAAUCAGUUCUGGUCAAAGCACUACACAGAGCUUUCAGCGCUUUACUUCAAGGAUCUGGAAAGACAGUGAAUCUCAUCGCUCCCACUGGACAGGCCGCUCUCAAUAUUGAAGGCAGAACAACUUAUAACUAUGCUGGUUGGACGCCGGACGAUUUGAAAAAGCCACUACACAGCCAAGAUCCUAACACUUACAGCCUCAUAAGAAAGGCACAAGGUAAAAAGAUAUUCAAACGGUACACGGGAACUCAGGUUCUCAUCAUCGAUGAGAUCAGCAUGAUAGAAAAUCAGUUCUUUGAGCGACUUAGUCGUGUCAUGAGCGCCACCCGAAAAGACACCAGGCCUUUUGGAGGUGUUCAGAUGAUUGUCGUUGGGGACUUUUGCCAGCUGCCGCCGGUGGAUCCCUUCCAGUGGUGUAUGGCAUGCGGCAGGGGAAUGAGAAAGAUUGGUGCCUCGCGCGUCUGCCCUGAUGGGCAUGGUGUCGAGUUCGAGGCUGAGGACAAAUGGGCAUUCAAAUCUCCGGAAUGGGCAAGGUGUAACUUCAAAACUGUACACCUAACCAAGAUUCACCGACAGCAAGACGAAGCGUUCAUUGGGGUUCUCCAAAAGUGCCGAUUAGGCCGGUUCCUCGAAACAGACGACGUGAACCUUCUUCUGAAUCACGAAAGUGAAACCGAGAACGCAACUGAGCUGAAAUCCACCAAGGAAGAAGUUGCGAAGCGCAACAAGCAGAAAUUUGACCUAAUUCCGGGAAAGAUUCGGAAGUACCAGGCUAUUGACGCUGUCGAAUGCGUCAAGGGAGAAACCUCACAACCACAUCGGAACCUUGACGAUCACCGUUACGCGCAAACUCUUGAACUGAAGGCCAACACGCCGGUUGUAUUGCUUGCCAAUAUUGAUCUAGAUAGGGGUCUUUGCAACGGAAGGCAGGGCACUGUCAUUGGCUUCGUACCAGGUUCCGAGGUUAGAAGACCUGAGCCGCCAAAUAGAGGAAACUUCGAGCAUGAUGACGACGCCUAUAAGGCUGCCGAGAUAAGACACUCAAAUAUCGUAUCUUUUCUGGAUCGCGCGAAUAGAGUUGGUGACAAGUUUCCUCUAGUGCACUUUGCACAUGGUGUACGCUGCGUCGUCGGACCUGAUUGCUGCGUCAUCGGAUUUGGGGACGCGUCACCUUACAGCCAUCUCUCGCGAUGCCAGAUACCUCUCGCACAAGGAUGGGCUAUGACCAUCCACAAAAGCCAGAGCCUGUCCCUUGACCGUGUUACAGUCGAUCUAGCAAAGAUCUUCGAGCACGGGCAAGCAUACGUCGCGUUAAGCCGAGCUCGGUCUCUCCGCGGCCUUAAAAUCGAGAGAGCUACAGCCGCGCAACUGAGAUCGACUUUCCGAGUAGAUUACGCAGUAGAGCAAUUCAUGGAAACGUUUGACGCCGCAGACAUCGAAGACAAUCCCGCAGCCGCUCAGGAAGAGGAUGAGAGCUCCGGCGAAGAGGAAGAAGUGAGCGAAAUAUCCCAGGAAGAGUUUGUGAGUUCCUAUCGAGAAGAGGGACCGCUGAGGCAAGUUCCAUUCUUUUUCGAUGUGGAGGGCUCCGCUCGAUGA